AUGAAAUAUUUAUGUUUAAUAUUAUUUCUGCAAAUAUCGUUCAAAGAGUGCACAAUAGAUAUCAAUAUACAAGAAUUAGUUUAUAUUGCUGAUCAUUUGACCGCAGUCGAAUGCCGUCGACUUUUUGCUUCUUUGCAUUUUGCAUCCUACAAUCUUCCAGUUUCUUUACCUGAUGCAGAAACAAAGGUUCCUAAAGAAGUUCCAUGUAUAAAGCUACUUAUCAAAUGGAACAGUGGAAAUGAGACUUUUGAAGGUAAAGGUAAAAGUCAUGCUUUAGUAGAACACAGACUGCGACAAUUAGGUAAAAAGGAACUAGCUGAUUGGUUGGGGAAGCUAGUAUUCCAUAAACUGGCCAAAAAUAUCAAUAAGUCAUUGGAAGAUGAAUCUUAUUUCGCGGUAAAAAAGCCGGGAAUCAAUCAAACAAUCUUCGAAGACAAAGAUUCAAGAUUUGCUGGCCAACGAUGGACUACUAUAGAUUCCAUACUGAGUGUGACGUUAUGCGGUAUGCUUUUUAUAACAGUGUCUGCUUUUUACCGUAUGCUGAAACUCACUUUUAGAAGAGCUAGAGCAAAACGUAAUACACAUAAAGAACAAGAGGAACUGGUAGAUUUAAUGAGUGCUGUGUCUAUAGAUAGUGAUCAAGAGACUGUUUAUGAAUAUGACGUUGAAAAUGGAAAAUCGAAUCAUGUUAGCUUCGAUCUUGAUGUUGACAAGAUACCAAGCGAAGAUGAUCCGGAAAAGUAG